AUGCGUCGCGCUAUUUCUCGUUGGUUGUUGUUACGUCACAUUCUCGUUGCGCCUUGUUGCUUCACGUUGAUUCUCAUUGGUUCUCGUUGCGUCACGUUGCGUCUCGUUGCGUCGCGCCAGUUUUCGUUGGUUAGUAUUACUUCACGUUGCCUCGCGCUGUGUCUCGUUGGAUCUCGUUGCGUCGUUCUGAAUCUUGUUGCGCGUCGUUGCGUCGUGUUGAAUCUUGUUGCGUCUUGUUGCGUCACAAUGAUUCUCAUUGGUUCUUGUUGCGUCAUAUUACGUCGCUUUAUUUCUCGUUGCGUCGGGCUGAAGCCUGUUGCGUCUCGUUACAUCGCGUUGAUUCUGGUUGGUUCUCGUUGCGUGUCAAUGCAACCUGCCGAAUCUUGUUGCUCUUCGUUGCAUCAUGCCGUUCCUCGUUGCGUCUCGUUGCGUCGUCUUGAAUCUUAUUGCGUCUCGUUGCAUCACGCUAUUUCUCAUUGCGUUUCGUUGCGUCGUUCUAAAUCUUGUAACAUUAUGUUGCGUCCUCUUGAAUCUUGUUGCGUUUCGUUGCAUCGCGCUAUUUCUCGUUGCGUUUCGUUGCGUGUUUCUAAAUCUUGUAACGUUUUGUUGCGUCCUCUUGAAUCUUGUUGCUCUUCGUUGCAUCAUGCUGUUCUUCGUUGCGUCUCGUUGCGUCGUUUUAAAUCUUGUUGCGUCUCGUUGCGUCGUCUUGAAUCUUGUUGCGUCUCGUUGCAUCGCGCUAUUUCUCGUUGCGUUUCGUUGCGUUUUUCUAAAUCUUGUAACGUCUCGUUGCGUCAGCUUGAAUCUUGUUGCGUUUCGUUGCGUCGCGCUGUUUCUCGUUGCGUCUCAUUGCCUCUCUUUGUGUCGCGUUGUGUCGUUCUUUUCUAG